GCAGGCACAAAAUCCAAACCUCAAAAAUAUCAGGACAGCUGCAAAAACAGGCAGGUAGCAAGUCUCAGGUAACAGAUUUCAGGUUGUGAAAUGACAAAUGCUAGCAGGCAAAAAGGCACGAGACACAUGGCAGCUUCAACAAUCUGGCAAAGUCUUGCGAGGAAUGAACCAUGUGCUACUGGGCUGAUUAGGGGAAAUGGAAGCAGGUGAGGAAGUGAGUGGGUGGGGAAUGUCAGGAAACUGGCUGAAGGAAAGUGAGAACAGGUGAGGAGCCGUUUUUGGUGGCUUCUGGUGGUUUGCAUGCUCACAUUGCAAGCCCUCUUUUUUGAUAUACAAAAUAGCAAUAAUCAGCACAAAUAAUACAGCACUCUCUAACUUACAGUGCUCUGUGUCUUUCUAUCAGACUUUAUCUGCCUAUUUAAUGACCCACACAUGACUGAGAGGUCUGAAUAAUGGGCAAUUACAAGCCAUGCUACUGACUGACACAGACCAACAGAGCACAGGUAGACUGCUGCCCAUUCAUUUUAAGGUUGCAACUUGUCAUGGUGUAAUCGUAGCUGCGACUCUUGUUGACUCUGGGUUCUACUGAGAAUGUAAAGCAGCUACAUAUUUUAGUUAACUUUGCAUUUGAUUUCACAAACAUUUUAUCUGUGACCAACAACACUGUUGGAUGGUUCCAGAGUAAAUUCUGGGGUUUUAGGAAUGUUAUGCAGCUAAUAAGUGUUCAUACAAGCUUUUUUAAUGCACCAGACGCUUGUGUUUUAUUUACUCUAUUAGUGUAUUUUAUAUGUUUAUGCUGAUUUUAUUUAAUUAGCUUGGGUAUUUUUGAUAUGUUUCAGCUGAUGUGGAUUUGUAUUGUAAUGAUCUGUCUACACUAAGCAUACACCAAGACAAAUUCCAGUCAGUGUUUCUUUGAAAUCUUAAUACAUUAUUAAAUCUUGUUUGUCUUUUCAUGAAAUCAUAUUUCGACUUUAUUCUUGUAACGUGUAUACUGGCAAUUUCUUUUUAAUGGUCUAUGUAUCUAAAGUCUAUCACUGUAUCUAUGGGUUAAUGGUAGUCAAUGCUAUGCAAAGCAGGAUACUAACAUGGCGUUGCCCAUUCCAACAUACACUUUUGCUGAUAGAUUGAAACACUCCUACAUUUGCAGACAUUGUAAUACUCGAAUACGAGUAAGAAUAAGAAUAAUCAGAAGAAUUACUUUGUUGGAAGUUUUCUUAACAGAGGAUGGACUUCGGCGUCGCAGACUCAGACGAAGCAUUCUUCUACAACGUGCACGGCGUACUGCUCCCAUUGUUUGGACCCACAAGAGAAUUGAGGUAUAGUGGAAAGUGGUUUUGUUGACUUUCUCUGAUGAGCAGUGGGUGCAGAAUUUCCGCAUAUUGAAGGAAACUUUCACGUAUCACUGUCAGUGGGUGCAACCACCGAUGGAGAAGCAGGACACAAAUUAUCGCCUGUGUGUUCCCCUCCAGCAAAGGGUUGCAAUAGCAGUCUGGAAACUUGCAACAAAUGCAGACUAUAGGAGUGUUGCCCACCUGUUUGGGGUAAGCCGUUCGACUGCCUGCAAGUGCUUGAAGGCCUUCUGUUCUGCUGUGGAGGAUAUACUGUGGCCUGAAGUUAUCCAGUUUCCAAAUGCGGACACACUUCAGGAAAUGGCUAACUAUUUUGAAAACACGUGGGGGUUGUCACAAUGUGUUGGAGCCAUAGACGGUUCUCACAUUCCAAUCUUGGCACCGCAGGAGUACUACACUGAAUACUACAACAGGAGAGGUUGGUACUCUAUUGUCCUGCAGGCAGUGGUGGAUGGGAAAGGACUUUUUUGGAAUGUGUUCACCAAGCUGCCUGGCAGCAUGCAUGACGCCAGAGUUCUUCGUAGAUCCGGACUCUGGAAUAUGGCUGACAGGAUCUUCGCAGGACGGCAUCGCGUCAUUGAGGGCCACGACAUGGGCUACUACAUCUUGGGCGAUGCUGCGUAUCCCCAGAUGAGCUGGCUCAUGAAACCUUUCAUGGAUAAUGGCCGCCUAACUGAAGAGCAGACCAACUACAAUGUCAAGCUCAGCAGAGCUAGGGUGGUGGUAGAGAAUGCGUUUGGGCGACUUAAGGGAAGAUGGCGAUGUCUGCUCAAAAGAAAUGACUGCAGCUCAGAUACAGUCAAGUCUAUGGUUGUCACAUGCUGUGUCCUCCAUAAUCUGUGUGAGAGCCAUGGGGAGGUCUUUAGAGAGGAAUGGGCUGAUCCUAUUCACUUCAACGAGCCUGAUGCACCACUGCUAGAUGGGGUAGAUACAGCAGCCGCCCGUUCCUCGUGCUUUGCGAGUGUCUUGAAUAGCAGUUCAGCCGUCGACGGCUGCAUCGGUGGAGCGGAGUCCUUUGUUCCCGGUUCACCGGUGUAA